AUGUUUAAGCCCUCACAGCCGAUGCUGGCGCGUCUGCGCCUGACUACUAAGCAAGUCAACGGUGGCUACUAUAAGGGUAACCGCACCGGCUCCAUGGGUUACUUCGACAAAAAGGGCAACUACGUGAUCGACUGGUCGAAAGUCCGCACCUAUGUCGUGCCUGAAGACUUGAACAGCUUCAAGCUCACUCCCUUUGUCACCAAACGUAUGGAACCGACUCGCACCAAGUACACCAAGGAUAUUGAACGCAAUGGACGGAUGGUCAAUGUGACUGAUAGCCUCAAUGGAUUUGACUACUUGGAUUUAUGGUAUGAACGCAAUGGCGAGGAAGUCUAUCAACAUGAGGUGAACGAGCACAAGAAGGCCAUGGAGCAGGAUCAAUAA